CGCAGUUGUACCACCCGGGAGGUGCGGUUUGUCCUCCCGAUGAGUGUGUUUGGUUUAUGAUAGUGAUUGAAAAACUGUCAUUUAUCAUAUUCAAAGGUGUGGUUUUUAUUUCAUUUCCUCGGCCAAACAGUAAAUUCCUUUCCAAAUUGCCUGUUAUUUUUUAUUAACACAUAAUAGUCAAUAUGACUGGGAGGUUACCAGCUUGUGUUAUCGACGUCGGCACAGGUUACACCAAAUUAGGCUUCGCCAAUAAUAAAGAACCACAAUUUAUAAUACCCUCCGCUAUAGCAAUAAAAGAAACCGCCAAAGUCGGCGAUCAAUCCAGUCGAAGACUGUGCAAAGGUGUUGAAGAUUUAGAUUUCUUUAUAGGCGAUGAAGCCUUCGACGCUACCGGAUAUGCAGUCAAAUAUCCUGUUCGCCAUGGGUUAGUGGAGGAUUGGGAUUUGAUGGAAAGGUUUCUAGAGCAGUGUAUUUUUAAAUACCUGCGAGCCGAACCGGAAGAUCACUACUUCUUAUUGACUGAACCACCAUUGAACACCCCCGAAAAUAGGGAAUAUACAGCCGAAAUUAUGUUUGAAUCGUUCAAUGUACCUGGCUUAUAUAUUGCUGUGCAAGCUGUCUUAGCUUUAGCGGCCAGUUGGGUUGGCCGCAGUAUCGAAGAAAGAACUCUUACAGGCAUCGUCAUCGACAGUGGAGACGGUGUCACACACGUUAUUCCAGUGGCCGAAGGCUAUGUUAUCGGUAGUUGUAUCAAACACAUUCCCAUCGCCGGUCGCAACAUCACCUACUUCAUCCAGUCGCUUCUCCGCGAGCGCGAAAUCGGCAUCCCCCCCGAGCAGUCCCUCGAAACCGCCAAAGCGAUCAAAGAACGCCACUGCUACAUUUGCCCCGACAUCGCAAAGGAGUUUGCGAAAUACGACGCAGACCCGGCCAAAUGGAUGAAAAAAUACGAGGGGAUGAACUCGGUUACCAAACAGCCUUUCAGCGUGGACGUCGGCUACGAGAGGUUCCUGGGACCAGAGAUUUUCUUUCAUCCCGAAUUUUCCAACCCAGACUUCACCAUCCCGCUGUCCCAGAUCGUGGACGACGUUAUCCAAAACUGCCCCAUUGAUGUGCGGAGGCCCAUGUACAAUAAUAUCGUUCUGUCGGGGGGCUCCACCAUGUUCAAGGAUUUCGGGCGCCGGUUGCAGAGGGACAUCAAGAAGACGGUCGAUGCGAGGCUCAAGCUUAGCGAAACCCUUGGGGGUGGCAGAUUGAAGCCUAAACCUAUUGAUGUUCAAGUAGUGUCUCAUCACAUGCAACGGUACGCUGUUUGGUUUGGAGGGAGUAUGUUGGCGUCAACGCCCGAAUUCUACACCGUUUGCCACACAAAGGCCGCAUAUGAAGAAUAUGGGCCUAGCAUUUGCAGGCACAAUCCUGUUUUUGGAACUAUGACAUAAUUAAAUAAAUUACUUGAGUUGUCUGUAUUAUUAUUGUGCAUUUUUAUUAUAAAAUUUAUAGAUAAUAUUUUAAUCGUUUUGUGAAAUUUAAUUUUAAUUAAUAAAAUAUUAGUUCUUAUACA